GUUACUUUUUGAAGAAAAUGAGAUUUUUUUCAUACUUGUGUAAACUAAAAAUUUUUUUGGUUAAUGUCUGAUGUGAAAUUGACAAGAUGUGAUCUUAGAACAUUUACAGAACUAUUCUGAAGUUGAAGCCAGGUUUAUAGUGCUUCAAGGAGUCGCCAUGGAAAUCCCAGUGCAAAUCGCUGUGCGUUUAAAGCCUCCCAGCUUAGUGGACUCCUCACAAUGCAUAUUCAGUAAUCCAGUGACUCAAAUUGUGAUAACAGAAAGUGGACAAACUUUUCACGUCAACAGGGCUUUACCUGUAGAUUGUACUCAAGCUCACCUCUUCAAUUCGUUUAUGAUACCGCAAAUAAAUUGUUUCCUAGAUGGAUGUGAUACUUCAGUGGUUGUAUUUGGGCAGCCUAAGACUGGGAAAACCUACACGUUGUUUGGGCCAGGUUUUGAAUGCAUUCAUAGUGAGUGUGACCAAGGCAUAGUACCCAGGUUCCUGACUGAGAUAUUUCAUAAAUUGAAUCAAAUGCCUGAGAGGGAAUACAUACUGCACAUAACAUGGAUGCAAGUUGUUAACAACAAUAUAUUUGAUGUGCUGGGAGCUGGUUUAGUGAGAUGCUGUAAUGUUGAGGAAGCAUUCCAGUAUUUACAGUUAGGUUGGAGGCAGCGCUGCCAGGGUAACAACCAUACUGUCUUUACAGUAAGUAUGGAACAGAAGUGGGUUGGCACAAAUGGAGUACUUAAUCACAGGAUGUCAACAGCUAGUUUUUGUGAUCUAGCUGCAUAUCCAGAACCUGGACUUUAUGCUUUAGAAAAUAUAAUAAAGGAACUUUUAGCUGGCAACCCACCAAAACAAAUAAAUUAUGAUCAAUGUAUUCUCACAGCUAUGCUCAGAGACUCAUUUGGGGGACGUGCAUUUACAUGGGUGAUAGGAUGUACCAGCACAGAACCUGAAGAUUAUCAAGAUACAUUGAAAAUACUGAAUUUGUGUUUAUGCUGCAGAGGAAUAAAGAAUUUUGUCACAGUCAAUUUAUUUGCAGACAACAAUACACCUGUAUACAAUGAGAAAUCAAUGGCCCACCCAGUUGAUAACAAUUUCAAUUUGCAGUUUGCUACUGCUCAAUGGAUCAAAUUAGUGUCUAACGCAGAAGGGCUAUUUAAUAAAAUAUUGCAAUCUAAAUCAUUGUCUGAGACAGACAUGAACCAAGUAAGCGAAUGGUUGUUCCUGAAAGCUGAAUGUGAUGAAUGUCUCAACACUGAUGCGGUAGAAAAUAAAGAUGUAGGUCCAAGACAUGGCUUGCCAAGAAUUGCUGAAGAUACGGAACCUAGUGAGCCCAGUGAAUCUGAUGUAGAGUCUGAAUCAGAAGAUAGUGACUCUGACACAGUCUUCCAAGACAAACUGGAUAAAUUCAUGGAAUAUUUUAGAGAAAAGAAUGAUCAGCUAUUUGCAGAUAGAUGUGAGGAAUAUCUGAACCAUGCAGACUCUGAUGAUAUCACAAUAUCAGAAACUAGUGGGUCACAGUCUUUACCCAUUAUGACUUCUCAGUCAAAUUCUGGGCGUAGAAGAACCAUUCAACCAGGUGAAAGUUUAUCCGGGCCAGAACUUGAGUUACUAAGAAAAGUGGCAGCAAAAGCAAUCUCACCUGAAUCUCAAAGAAUUCUGAUUGAAUCCCACAAAAAUGAUCUUGAUCCUGAACCAAAACUGAUUGAGAGGGAGCUUCUUAAAAUGAUUGACUCUCCAGAGAAUGUAGAGCUAUGUAAAAAGUAUAAACUGACUAAAGAAAAGUAUGCACAGAAACAAGUGUUAGCUAGGAAAUUAUCUAAAGAAAUAGGGAAUAGCCAAUCACAACUCAAAGAAUUGAUAAAUCUUUGUAUUGCUAAAGAAAGGCUGAUAGACGAUCUUUCACGAUCAAUGAAUUCACAAAAUAAACCUUAUUCAGAAAAAAUUGCCACAAAGAACCAGUAUAAUAAAGCCAAAGCAGAUUUUGCAGCUACACACUCAAAGUUAGCCAUAGACAAGAACAAUGUCAAGUUAUUACACCAUUUACAACAAUGCAAGUCCAUAAUAGAGAAAUAUGAAAAACAACUAGAAGACAGUGAAGAGUCCACUGCAAUUGACCAAGACAAUAUAAGAGAGAUAAGAAAACACGAAACUAGUCUGAAAACAUAUAAGAAACAGAUAGAUCAAAUUAAGCGGCAAAUAAAAAAAGACGAAAAACGUAAAAACACAUUAGAUGUAGAACUAGUUAAGGACAAAAUGAAAUUAGAUGAACUAUCUGAAACUUCAGUUGAAGUAAAAGAUAAAAAGGUGCAUUCAUUAAAACACUUUACACAUAGAAUAUCUCAUAUAGACAGUAUACUUAAGGAAAAGACAAAUGAUUUGGAGAAUUUAGAACUAUCAAAAGAAAAGGAAUUUAUGUUAAGGAAAGAAAUAAAAAACUUGAGGAAGACUAGGGAAUGUUUACAUGAACAAAGAUGUAGUUUAGGUCACAAAAGAAAAAUGUACAAAUCCUUAUCGGAUUCUGAGGAGCGUAAGUUGCUCGAAUGUGAAGAGGCUAUAGAAGCAAUAGACACCGCCAUAGAGUACAAGAACAACCUGAUAUGCGGCCGGUCGCCAUCCGCGUCUCUGUCAGACUGUGCCGACAAUCGCGACUCCAAGAGCCGCGGCGAGCAGAUGCUGAUGGCGAGGCUGGACAAGCUGCCGCAUGAUGAGAUGAAGACACUGCUUUAUAGAUAUUUCCAGAAGGUGGUGGACCUGCGCGGCGCGUGCGCGGCGCUGGAGGCGGGCGCGGCCGAGGCGGCGGAGGAGGCGGCGGCGUGGCGCGCGCGCGCCGCCGCCGCCUGGCGCCUCGCGCAACGCUCCAAGCACAGCGCCAUGACCAGACAAUACCAGUCGGUUCACCGGUUCCUAGAGGGCGGCAACCCUGAACGAGCGUUGUCACUGGGCAUGACGACCGACACGGACACGUCCGAUGACGCCAUGCGUCUUGUCGACCGCAUGAAGCAGCUGGCCAGGUGUCCGCCGGCGCCCGUGAUCCCUCGGCAGAACCUGCGGCAGCUGAUGCCGGCCACGGCGGCGCCCGCCGCGCGCGUCACCAAGGAGAGGAACAAGCUCGUCAUCGUGCAGCACAAGAAACACUGAUAUUUACACUUCGCUUUAUUUACAACUUUACACUUAUUUAUUAUACUCACUUUUUACAAAAUAUUACAAUACAUUUAUCCAUGAUUUUAUACAUCUUUGUUAAACGUACCUAACUAAAGGUGCUGGCAGAUUUGAGCGUCCACUUGCGAUGGACGUUCUCCAAAACGAAAGAAUACACAGAGCUCGGCUUUCGGGUUUCGAAACUUCUUAUGGAUAGGUA